AUGGCCCAGGGAAACCGCAUAUCAGCCUUUGUUUUGAGCUCAGUCUUGGUGCUCUCCUUUCUCCUCAUUAUCUCCAUGGCUGAAAGUCGCAUUCUUGGCACUGCUGGUUUCUUCGCCGAAAGUACCCCAGAAUGUGAUGAUGUGGUUGGAGUAGCAAGUGGAGACACUUGUUUUACCAUUGCACAGUCAUUUAAUUUGACAGCUGCAUCCUUUGAUGCUAUCAACCCCAAUCUCAACUGCAAUGCUCUCUUUGGGAAAUCCGAGGAUGAAAGGUCUACUGCUGUCGAGGAUUUUGUCAAGAGCAUUAUUUCCCAACUCGUGUGUUCUCCAACUUAUAAUCGUGAAUAUGUUCCUCAUAAGGAUGUAUCCCUCCCACAAAAUGUGCAGCCAUUUGAUGUUUCUUCUGCUGGAAAUAAGACUUCGAAAAGCAUUGCAGAUUGGAAGAGACUACAAGGAGUGCUGGCGCGGUCAUUGAAAGAAAAUGCUACAGAUCCAGAAAUCUUUUCUGAACUCUUCCAUAUUCCUGACUCUUUCAAAAAGGAUUAUAAGGAAAUGGAGAAGAACUUCAAGAUCUUUGUGUAUCCCCAUAACACGGACAAGCAUACUACUGCCUGUAAUAAGCCACCGGAGCUUGGCUGUUUUAGGAGUGAAGGAUACUUCUAUCACAAUCUCAAUCACAGUCGGUUCUUGACCAAAGAUCCUGAAAAGGCUCACCUUUUCUUCAUUCCCAUUUAUUGUCAUUCGAUGUCUCCUGAGGAAAAAUCCAAGAAAGAAAGGGCUAUUGCUGUCCAGGAUUUUGUCAAGUUUCUCAUUUCCAAGUACCCUUAUUGGAACCGAACUUUAGGUGCCGAUCACUUCUUUGUAAGCUGCUCAGAAGUCGAUGUGGCUGCUACUGCACGAAUUGCUGACCGUUUGAAGAACUCAAUUGGACUCAUGUGUUCUCCUAGUUAUAAUAGUAAAUAUGUUCCUCAUAAGGAUGUUUCCCUCCCACAAAGUGUACAGCCAUAUGCUUAUACUGAAGCCAGAAAUAUAGAAAAGAACAGGACUAUGCUGGGUUUCUGGAGUGGUGUUGAAGAUUCUUAUAUAAGAGAGCGGCUGUACCUCACCUGGGAGUAUGACUCCGAACUUUACAUCGAAGCCAGAGAUUGGCCUACUAGUAUUGAACAAGGACAUUGGCAAGCCCGUGAGGAUUUCUACAAUUCUAAGUUUUGCAUCUGUCCUGGAGGCCCUCAGCUUGAUGGUUUUAUAGCAUUCGCAAUUCACUAUGGAUGCAUUCCAGUUAUCUUAUCUGACUACUAUGAUUUACCAUUCAACGACAUUCUUGAUUGGAGGAAAUUUUCUGUAAUACUAAAGGAGAAUGAUGUCUAUUCGCUAAAGAAAAUCCUUCAGGACAUACCAAAGCAAACAUAUGAAUCUCUGCAGAAUCACACAUUCAUGGUCCAGAAGCACUUUCAGUGGAACUUAUCUCCAGUAAAAUAUGAUGCCUUUCAUAUGAUCAUGUAUGACCUGUGGCUGCGCCACCAUGUUACCAAGUACCGGUACUAG